UUGCCAAUUCAGGGACUUCCCGGAGAAGCGGGUCCAGACGGUUUCCCUGGUCUUGAAGGCCAACUCGGUGGAAAUGGCGCUGACGCUGAGUACUGCCCUUGCCCUGAUAGAUCUAAGAAAGUAGAAGGAGCUGGUAGUGGUCUAUCUCACGAUACCGAAGCAGGCCUUAGAGCUAAGGCUCACGAAUUCACUCCUGCUAGUGGCAGCAGCGCUCCGACUCACUUCUCUGCACCUGUUCCUCAUCGCUCUUCCAAUGGCGGAGGUAGUGGAAGCACUGGUGCUGGUGGAGUACAUGGAGAAGGUAGUAUCAUUGGUGGAGGCAAUGGAGGAGUAUCUGGUGCAGCUUCGUACAAUGCGGGUUCAGGUCCUGGUGUAUCGGCUGGUACAUCUGGAUCAUCCAGUCCAUUAGGAGCGGAAGGUAGUGCUCAUGUGCCCCUCCAUGAGGUUGCAUCUGGUCCUCCCAUUGGAGGAAUUGGAAGAGCAGGAGAGGCUGAAGAUGCUGGAGUGGGUGCAGGCCCAGGGUCCAGCGGAGCCUACAACGACAAUCGCCGGAGCAGGAUUCGCGUCAACAAGGAAGCCUUGGCUCGUUCUCUUCGCAGAAAGCUCGUCCUUCUUUAA